UGGUUUCCACGGUGGGCUGAUCCAGCGCGGCUCUUCCGGUGGAGACGUGGCUCUGUGCUGCUGCCAUAUUGACGCUAACUAGCUAACAAUCACACAACUGGAAGUCAGCUGUAUAUUCGCACCUUGCUAUUCCAGAGGGACGAGGAAUCACCAAAGCAAGAAACGUGAGAGACUGACGACCGUCGUGCCGUAGAGAGAGACCACAAUGGUGCUGUUGGCAGCGGCGGUGUGCACCAAGGCCGGCAAGGCCAUCGUAUCGCGGCAGUUUGUGGAAAUGACCCGGACACGCAUUGAGGGUCUCCUAGCUGCGUUUCCUAAACUGAUGAACACGGGCAAGCAGCACACCUUUGUGGAAACAGACAGCGUUCGCUAUGUGUACCAGCCGCUGGAGAAGCUCUACAUGGUCCUCAUCACCACCAAGAACAGCAACAUCCUGGAGGACCUGGAGACACUCAGACUGUUUUCCCGUGUGAUCCCAGAGUACUGUCGUGUGCUGGAGGAGAGUGAAAUAUCGGAGCACUGUUUUGACCUGAUCUUCGCCUUCGAUGAGAUCGUUGCACUGGGCUACAGAGAGAACGUCAACUUGGCUCAGAUCCGCACCUUCACAGAGAUGGACUCCCACGAGGAGAAGGUGUUCCGCGCCGUCAGGGAGACUCAGGAGCGCGAGGCCAAGGCAGAGAUGAGGAGGAAGGCCAAGGAACUGCAGCAGGCCAGGAGGGACGCUGAGCGCUCCGGGAAGAAGGUGCCAGCUUUUGGCGGGUUCGGCAGCGCUGGCAUGACCAGUGUGUCCUCGGGGACCAUCAUCACAGACACCAUCAUCGAGCCAGAGAAGCCCAAGAUCACAGCGGCUCCAGUCAGACCAAGUGGACCCAGUAAGGCUCUGAAACUGGGGGCUAAAGGGAAAGAGGUGGACAAUUUUGUUGACAAGCUCAAGUCUGAGGGUGAAACCAUCAUGCCCACCACAGGAAAGAGGGGAUCCGAUGUUUCGAAAGCUCUGCCACCACCAGUCAACAUGGAGAGUGUGCAUCUGCGUGUGGAGGAGAAGAUCACAUUGACCUGCGGCCGUGAUGGCGGCCUACAGAACAUGGAGGUGCUGGGUAUGGUGACGCUCCGAGUCACAGACGACAAAUAUGGACGCAUCCGCCUGAUUAUCAAUAACAAUGAUGGCAAAGGAUUGCAACUGCAGACACAUCCUAAUGUGGACAAGAAGUUGUUCACAGCUGAGUCUGUGAUUGGCCUGAAGAACCCGGAGAAGUCCUUCCCUCUUAACAAUGAUGUGGGUGUGCUGAAGUGGAGACUACAAACCACAGACGAGUCCCUCAUACCUCUAACCAUAAACUGCUGGCCGUCAGAGAGUGGGACUGGCUGUGAUGUCAACAUUGAAUAUGAGCUGCAGGAGGAGAACCUUGAGCUCAAUGACGUGGUCAUCAGCAUCCCUGUACCGUCUGGAGUGGGAGCUCCGGUGAUCGGUGAUCUGGAUGGAGAGUACAAACACGACAGCAGGCGAAACAUCCUCGAGUGGUGCCUACCUGUCAUUGAUGCCAACAACAAGACGGGCAGCCUGGAAUUCAGCGUCGCUGGGCAGCCCAACGACUUCUUUCCUGUCAGCGUGUCCUUUGUGUCUAAGCGCAACUACUGCGACAUCCAGGUGGGUUGCUUAUGAUGGAGUCUCAGUGUGAGG